CUUCGACCAGGCAACUACCUCUUCGGCUCUCUCUGGAGCAAACGAGAAACGACCAUGUGUUUGUGAGGAUGAAACCCGACAGAAGAGUGUCGAAUUGCUCUCUUCUCACGCUUCGUGGGAUGCUGAGGGCGAUGGUAGCUUUCCUCCUUGUGAUCUUCUUUGUAUUCGCCGGUGAAGCCAACUGUUCAACUGAACACCGAUACCUUCAUCAUCGAUCAGAGAGGAGUUUGUGUGCUGAGCUCAUUCAACCCUACGGUUAUCCUUGUUCCGAGCACACCGUUCAGACGGAGGAUGGUUACCUCUUAGCUCUUCAACGCGUUUCGUCUAGCAAGGGCGGAGUUAUUAAACUCAAACCGGGUCCUCCCAUUCUCCUUCAACACGGGUUGUUUCAGGGAGGAGAUACAUGGUUUGUAAAUUCGAUGGAACAAUCGUUGGGCUUCAUCCUUGCAGACCAUGGUUUCGAUGUGUGGGUUGGGAAUGUACGCGGCACUCAUUGGAGUCAUGGACAUAUCUCUUUAUCUGAGAAAGAUAAGGAAUUUUGGGAUUGGAGUUGGCAGGAACUUGCACUGUAUGACCUAGCUGCAAUGAUCAACUAUGUACAUGCAAUGGCAAAUUCCAAAAUUUUCUUUGUGGGACAUUCCCAGGGAACCAUCAUGGGUUUAGCUGCUUUCACUCAGCCAGAGAUAGUGGAUAUGGUUGAAGCUGCUGCACUUCUUUGCCCUAUCUCUUAUCUGAGUCAUGUCAGUGCUCAAUUUGUACGUAAAAUGGUCAACAUGCAUCUUGAUCAGAUGCUUCUGGCCAUGGGCAUUCAUCAGCUUGAGCUUAGAAGUGAUACAGGUGUUCGCAUAAUGGAUUUUGUAUGUGAUGGUCAUAUUGACUGCAACAACUUGCUAUCUUCCCUAACAGGGAAAAAUUGCUGCUUCAAUGACUCAAGAAUUGACUACUAUCUUGAAUAUGAACCUCAUCCUUCAUCAUCAAAAAACUUCAACCAUCUAUUUCAAAUGAUACGGAAGGGUACUUUUGCAAAAUACGAUUAUGGGUGGUGGGGAAACAUGAAGAAAUACGGCAAUUUGCAGCCCCCAUCAUUUGACAUCGGUUGCAUACCUGAGUCAUUGCCAUUAUGGAUGGGUUAUGGGGGUAAUGAUGCCCUAGCAGAUGUGACAGAUGUGGAGCAUACUCUCAAGGAAUUGCAAUGCAAGCCUGAGUUGCUUUAUCUUGACUCUUAUGGGCACAUUGAUUUCGUACUGAGUGUAACUGCAAAUGAAGAUAUAUACAAAAACAUGAUCGGGUUUUUUAGGUCAUGGGGGAAGCCUAAUAGUUCUUAAGUGACUGGUUGCUCUACUACCUGCUGCAGUAUGUAAUAUUAAUUUCUAGUCACUAAAUGUAAUUGGUAGUUGCAUAUAUUGUAAGUAUGAUAAAAGUUCAUACAACUCCUUUUUCCUUCUAAAGAGGAAAUAAAGAUUUCAGGUACAUUAAUUGGUGUA